AUGGAAAGCGGAAGUACGAUCAAAACUCGCAACGGUGAAAGGGAUAUUGAUAAUGCUUUAAACGAGGUUGAGAACAAUACUGUUGAUCAUCUCAAUACAUUGUACAGUACUAUCGCUGAUAAUAAUUUCACAUUGUUUAAAUCUACCAUAGGGAAAUGUGGCUUUGACAUGAGCCAAGGAUCUCAGAUUUUACAUUGUAUCUGUAAAUGUCGAAAUGAAGCGAACGUUGUUAAAUAUUUACACGAAGCUGUAAGAUACGGAUUUGAUAUUAGGGCUAAAGACGACACCAAUCAAAUGCCUAUACAUGCCGCCUGUUCGUAUGCGAAUUACCAUGCCGUAAAUUUCCUGGCUGACCUAGACCCGUCACUCUGUAACGAGGUCGAAGAGGGUUCAACCCAAUCUUCCCCACUCAUGAUAGCGAUUUCUAAAUUUACGCCAGAAAAAGACGAAGAUUUUUUCAAAACUGUUGAUGCUCUUUUAAAGCAUGGAGCAGACGUUAACAGGAGGAUAAGACAUCACAGCCAUACGCCUUUGCUGAGUGCUGUGUGUCACAGUGAAAAGAUGCCAGAAAUUAUUCGUAUUUUACUUGACGCUGGAGCUGACGUCGCGACACGUUCUUUGAUGGACAGAACGCCACUUAUUCUCGCCGUCUCCCAGAAAGAUCAGCAAUCAGUUAGAUACCUUCUUAAAGCUAAAUCGGAUCCAGAUGCAAAGGAUAAAAUGGGCUUGACUCCUCUACGCCUUGCUUGUCGGAAACAAUACGUAUCGAUUAUAAGGGAUCUUGUUGAAUACGGCGCCGAUAUUAACUGUGAAAUUAGUCAAAACAAUAGGGAGAUAUUAAUUGAUGCCAUCCAGACAUCAAAUUACGGCAUCACUGAACUUUUGUUUAAACUGGGACUGAAAGUGACACAGGAACUCAUUCUUCAACAAAAUCCUGUUGUUUGUGCAAUAAGGAAAAAAAGUAAAGAACAUUUGAAGAUACUGCUUCAAGAGAAUUGCCCGCUAGACGAGCCCUUAUAUCAACUCCCCUUAAUAGAAGCGGUACAGACGAAUACUGUUGAUACCGACGUGUUGAGUGUCCUUCUCCAAUCAGGUGCUGACUUUUCGGACGCGCUAUUAAACUGUGCCCUGACAGCUAAGCCGGACGAUGAGACAUUGGCAAGUUUAGUGGCGCAAUAUCACCGUGACGUCAGGACGCUGAAGGCGUUAUGCUGUUUCUCUGUCAGAAAGUCUCUUGGCCUCGGGAUCAAAAGAAAAGUUUGGAGUCUGGUCGAAGACCACACUAUUCCUCGGUCCUUAGUUAAAGAUGUCAUGUUAGAGCAUAUUCUGAACGUGUAA